GAUUGGUCUUCUGCUGCUGCAAUCCUACACCUCUCUCCUUCGCAGCAGAAAGAGCAUCUUCUGAUAGAUCUCUCCUUGCUGCUGCAAUGGCGGAGCCAACCAAAUACAUUUCACAGCAAGACCUCAGCAAACACAAUAAAAGGGGAGAUCUUUGGAUCUCUAUACAGGGCAAGAUCUAUGACGUCUCUCAUUGGAUUGAUGAUCACCCUGGCGGUGAGCUUCCAUUGUUCAAUCUCGCCGGCCAGGACGUUACAAACGCCUUUCUUGCUUUCCACCCUGGCUCAGCAUGGCAAUACCUCGACAGGUUCUUUACCGGGUAUUAUCUCCAAGACUACACCACAUCAGAGGUGUCUAAGGAUUAUCAGAAACUUGUAUUUGAGUUCUCCAAGAUGGGUUUAUUUGAAAAGAAAGGACAUGGAGUGUUCUUCUCACUUCUGUUCAUGGCAAUUUCGUUUUGUGUUUGUGUUUAUGGUGUUUUGUGCUGUGAUAGCCCAUGGGUGCAUGUGGGUUGCGGUGGAUUAAUGGGGUUCUUGUGGAUACAGAGCGGGUGGAUUGGGCAUGACUCUGGUCACUAUCAGGUAAUGACGAGUCGGGGAUUCAAUCGGUUUGCCCAGAUCCUUGCUGGGAAUUGCCUUGCAGGCAUCAGUAUUGCAUGGUGGAAGUGGAACCACAAUGCUCAUCACAUUGCUUGUAACAGUCUCGAAUUCGAUCCUGAUCUUCAGCACAUGCCCUUGUUUGCGGUGUCUUCGAAAUUUUUCAACUCCCUUACAUCUUACUUCUACGAGAGGAAGUUGAAUUUUGAUUCUGUAUCAAGAUUCCUGGUUAGCUGUCAGCAUUGGACGUUUUACCCUGUAAUGUGCUUUGCCAGAGUAAACUUAUUCGCUCAAUCGUUCACCUUAUUGCUGUCCAAGAGGAAGGUGCCUAAUAGAGUCCAGGAGCUUCUUGGGCUGCUUGUUUUCUGGAUUUGGUAUCCUCUACUGGUUUCCUGCUUACCCACUUGGUGUGAGAGAAUAUUGUUUGUCGUUGCUAGUUUUGCUGUCACAGGAAUACAACAUGUUCAGUUCUGUUUGAAUCAUUUCUCUGCCAGUGUCUAUGUCGGCCAACCAAACGCCAAUGAUUGGUUUGAGAAGCAGACCAGUGGGACGCUUGAUAUAAAGUGCUCAGCUUGGAUGGAUUGGUUUCAUGGAGGAUUGCAAUUUCAGGUGGCACAUCAUCUGUUUCCCAGGAUACCCCGGUGCCAGUUGAGGAAAAUCUCGCCUUUGGUGAGCGAGCUAUGCAGAACACAUAAUUUGCCCUACAACUGUGUGUCAUUCUGGGAAGCCAAUGCACUGACGAUUCAGACACUCCGAGAUGCAGCCUUCCAGGCUCGCAAUCUCUCUAAUCCCAUUCCCAAAAAUUUAGUUUGGGAAGCUGUUAACACUCACGGUUAAGGGGACCCUGCGAAGCUUCCUGAGAUGCUCUUGACACGGUCAUCUGAGGGUGAUUUUUGGGAAAGAAUAAUUGUUAUGCACUUUGUUUGGAAGCUUCAAUCCCAUCUAUUACUGAUACCCAUCACUUGCAGGUUGGUAUAGUCUUUAUCUUGUUUGUUUUCGCUUUUCAGCCCUUGAGCCGAGGAGAGGCAUGUAAGUACACUGUUCUAUGUUUUACUGUCUUCUCUUUUUAUUUUGAAUGUUUUACUGUCUUCUCUGGACCACGAGGAUUGAAGCAUUUGUUACAUUCAAAUGUACUGAAUGUUCCUCUAGUUUCGUUGCUCAUAUCAGUUUGUUGAAAAUGUUAGCUAUGGUUAACAUCGUA